AUGUUGUACAGAUAUAUAUUCUCGUUCUUAUUUUUAGUGAGAGCCGUGUUGUCCUACAGUAAGUAUGAGACUUACGGCCCUGGAAUAUUGAGCUUCUACUCAUGUAAUUUAGCAAUCCAAGCGACUGCUACAUUCUGUGACGCAGAAGAUUAUGGCUGUACCUGUCACAACCCAGCAGCGAUUGCUAGUGUUGCUGGUUGUGUAAAUUAUGGGAAGGCACCCGAUGGACUGGAAAAAGAUUACUUUCAUUAUUGUAACGAAUAUUAUGAGGCCAAUAUCACAGAAGCAAUAUAUAUGGAAGCUUAUCAGAACUACACUAAGUAUGCCGUUAAAACUACUGACAUUGAAAAUUUCAACAUGACUGAAAUUAUUGAUGUUCCUGUCAUACUUGACCCAACGUUAAUCUCAAACUACAGAAAAGCAUACGUCAAUUUCCUUGGAAACUAUAAUAAUUCUUUAUAUUAUGGUAGUGGAAUAUUAGGCUACUGGGCUCUUGUGUUUUUGCUUUCUGGUAUCUCUCAUUGGGCUAAGUUCUUGUGUCCAAAUCUUAUGAAAAAGUGUACAGGACCUAUCACUAACUUUUGGAGAAAGAAUGUUACCCUUGCAGCUCUUGGUAAGAAAGAUAAAACAAACAACGUUAGAAUCUGGAAAGUCAUCAAUAUCUUAGUUCCAUCCAGAGUUGAAACUAUUAUUAUAAUUGGCUUUUGUGCUGUUACAAUAUUUGGUAACUCCCAUGCCAUAAACUAUUUUGAAGGAGAUCCUAUUUUCACAUCCAGAUCUGAGGCCCUAAUGAGAUAUUCUGCCGACAGAUCAGGUAUCACCGCUACUAUUAUGGUACCAUUAGUUAUUCUUUUGGCUGGUAGAAAUAAUUUCCUACAAUGGAUCACCGGUAUCAAUUUUGCUACAUUUAUCACCUACCAUAAAUGGGUAGCUAGGGUGAUGUUCACUUUGGUAGUCAUUCAUGCCGCAUGUUAUACUGUGAACUAUUCAAAUGAAGGAUACUUAACUUCCGAAUAUCAUGAGAAAUUUAUGAUAUUCGGUGCUCUUGCCACAGUAGCUGGCGGUAUAAUCUGGGUUCAAAGUGUAUUAUAUCUCAGAAGAAAUUGGUAUGAAAUCUUCUUAUUAGGCCACAUUAUAUUGGCUGUCCUCUUUAUCGUUGGUGCGUGGUAUCAUGUUAUUGACAUGGGUUACUUAGAGUUCCUCUAUGCUAGUAUUGCAGUUUGGAGUUUUGAUAGAGCAGUUAGAAUUGGUAGGCUUAUUCAUUUUGGUUGCCCAAAAGCUUCAGUAACUCUUUUGGCAAAUGAAACUUUGAAGGUUACAGUUCGUAGGCCAAAGUUUUGGUCAGCAACUCCAGGUGGACAUGCUUUUCUUCAUUUUAUGAGACCUUCAUGCUUCUGGCAAUCCCAUCCAUUCACAUUUACAGUCUCACCAGAUUCAAAUGAGAAUAUCGUUAUGUACUGUAAAGUGAAAGGUGGUGUUACACAUGGUCUCUACCAAUAUUUGACCACCCACCCAGGUAAGACAGCUCAGAUUAGAGUUUCUCUUGAAGGACCAUACGGAGAACCUACACCUGCUAGAGUGUACGAUUCAGCAGUCUUCAUUGCUGGUGGUAGUGGUAUUCCAGGUAUUUAUUCAGAAGUUUUGGACUUAGCCACGAAAGCAGCCCAAGACACCAGUAAGGCAUUGAAGUUACAUUGGGUUAUUAAAGAUUAUCAUUCAAUAUUUUGGUUCUAUGAUGAAAUUUUGGCACUUAAGAACUCUAAAAUUGACUGCACAAUCCAUGUAACUAGGCCAACUUUGUGUGCUGAUUCUGAGCAGGAAGAAACCUUUGGUGAUGUAUUACCUGAGCAAUCUAGUUCCGAUGAAAAUGACGAGAAAAAGAGUGGGUCAAUUGAUUUUAGUGAAACCAAGGAAGUAAAUGCUGGUGUCGUGAGCGAUAUAAAGAAGGGAUUGAGUCAUGUUACAUUCUUGGAAGGAAGACCUUCUAUUGAAAACCUUGUCAAAGCGGAAGUAGAAGAAUCUAACGGGUCUGUUGCGUUCGUCACAUGUGGACAUCCAUUGAUGGUUGAUGAAGUACGUUACUGUUGUGCUCACGCAUUAUACGAUUCAAAGGGCAAAAGAAUUGACUUCUUUGAGCAAUUGCAAAUCUGGGCUUAG